UCUAUUUUGAAAUAUGACAUCAUUUGGCAAAAUUUGAAAUUUCAAGUAACUAAUAUCUUAAAUAAUUAAAAAAUUUAACUAGAUACAUAUUUAGGUAAUGUAAGUAUACUGAUGGUAACAUAAAGGCGCACACUUCACUAAAUAGUGUACUCUUGCAUUUAUAAAAGAAACUAAUAAAUAUUUAGGAUAUGCGUCAAGAUGUCCCUGUCGGGAUUAGCGUUUUUGUUCGAUAUAAUUGUCGAAGACCUAAGGAGCUUUGUGCCAACCAAAAAGUUUGUGAUUAGAAGCCAGUUUGCAGAUAUUUUUUCAUUGGUAUUGAAGAAUCCUGAACCUAAUCUGCGGAAGAGAAAACGAAAGAAGGCGUUGAAGGAUAAAACCAAGGCAAAAGAUGCUAAAAAGGCAACAGACAGGGCCGAUCCUAACAAAAAAUCACAAAAAGGUCAGACAAUAUUAUUUGUGGGCCAUAUAGAUACUCUGAUGGCACACAUGAUGCAAUAUCCAAUGGAAAUAUGUUUAUGCAGUGAAUACAAUCCGGAAGAAAGGAUAGGGUCCACUUUGAUUCCGUGGAAUAACUCUUUUAUUGAGUAUAUGAUGAGCCUUUAUCACGAAGCAAAUCCCGCCUCGGCAAACGUUAGGUCCGUCUACAACAUCUUCAAUGAAGCGACUUCGAAACGGAUGGCGGCAAUACGCUUAAAUAUCAAGUUACGCAUAACGGAUCAUGUCAAUUUAAAUCAAUAUACAGCUUUGUCAAACAGACAUCCCAGUACCUUUAUUAAGAUAGAUAUCGAUCAAUUGUAUAUUGAUCAAUCAACUAAUACAAGGCACUUAAGCGAAGGCACUGGUACUAUAAAAACUAUAUACAGUGAUGGAAAAAAGAAAAAGAGAAGUAGUAUUAAAAAACGUAACGCUAAAAGAGAAGCAAAUAUUGCUAAAAUAGCUGAAGAAAGAGAUCAGAAAUGUACUCAUGCACACCCUAAAAAUAAGGUCAACAAAGCGAAUAAAAUUCACAGAAAUCUUUUAUUACAUUUAACCAGAAGUGAUACAAACAUCGUAAAACCAUUAAAACUAGAUCAAUAUAUAAUAAAGAACUUAAGUUCAAAAUCUUGCACAGCAAUAAAACAAAUAAAUUUAUUUGACUACAUCUUUGGUGAUAGAAGUGGACCAUUUGGAAAUAAAACUUACACAGUUGGAUAUGCUACUGUAGACGUUGGCAAAAAUAAAAGUAAAACUCCAUCAGCUUCCUCAGCCAGUCGUCCAGGAACUGAAAGUCCAGUCAAGACUACAAGCAAAUCAUCGACUUCCUUAGACCAUAAUUUAACUACUACAGUCAAAUGUGACACCUUAAGCUGCGUUUACAAGAAGGAAAGACCGCUUUUAGAGAAACCUGAUGAUAGAAUUCUUCUAAAUAUAACAAGUGUUAAACAUUCAUGUUGCGUGACCGACACCAUUGAAAGAAAGAUGGAGAUUAUUGAUGGCGAAAAAAUCAAGGAUCCAUGUUACUGUGCUUGCGAAUGUACAUUUGGUUUCGAAAGGAAAACUACCUAUUGCAAAAUCUGCAAAGGAUAUGAAAAACGUGGAGAAGACUUAGAUGGUAAACCUCAGUACCUCAUGCCAGAUCCCUGCCCGGUAUACCACAAAAUCAGUAGAAUCAAAACUGGAAGCACUUCGGGAAGUGAUAGCAAGAGGGAGACAAAGAAAAAAGUUAAGAGCCCAGAGCCAGAGAAAGUUGAGAACAAAGAAAACAAAAAAAAGAAAAAUGAUCGAUUCAAAUUUAACUACGGCUACAAAGGUAUACCUCCUAAGAUUGGGCACGAUCAAUGUGUUUUGCCAUGCACUGGGACUAUGUCCAACGUCCCUAAAUAUAUGGGCUGGCUCUGGACUGCUGAUAACGUCCCCGGGUUAAUGUUUCGACCUUCGUGGAAACCUGGUGCGAUUAACAAGGUAGUUGCAAGAAAGUUAAGAAAUGCCCUCCAUCCAGGUGAAGUUAUCAGUAAGCGUAGAAAAGCUGCGGGCCUCAAGAAGCGUCCUCUCAAACGACCGCUCCUGGUCGUCCACAAAAAGGAUGGCGAAUUUACUGUUACGAUGGAAUCCAUGAAAACCUAUAACAAACCGAGAACUAUCAACCAACAGCCUUACGAGGACAAACCGGUUCUGACAUACACUAUAGGGAGAACAGAAGAAGAAAACCGCGAAAGAAGGAAGAAAAAGGAACGUGCUGCGAGAAGACUAGAAAGGGAGCAACGUGAGUUCAUUCAGAGUGCCUUCACUGACAUGUGCAAGGAAAUAUGCUUGAAGACUUACCAGCAGGCGUUAGGGAUUCUUCCUGAUGCUGAAGAUCCAGAAUGCGCUUGCUAUCCAACUCUGCCCGACCCUAACCGAGUCAACGAAGACCGAUCAUGUUCAUGCUCUGAUGACGGAGACUCUUUAGCGUCCGACACUGAUUCUGACGAAUGGUUGUUAGAGUUCACCCCUCCGAACGCUUACUUCGACCCCAAAUACCAAGGCACAAAGGUUAAAACCGUAGACAACGAAAGCCAGUACACGUACUUAGACUAUAGAGUGAAACUUUUCGAUAGAUUCGGAAAUUCUGUUCCAAGAUUCUUUAAGGGACCCGAUGGAAAAGAACAAUGUAGUGACUUGGGAGGUUUCUGGAGCCCAGAUCACAAUUGGCUCCAAAUUAAUGUCGACGGCUUCAUAGGCGCCGACGGGCGAUGGGCUCCGUUCACAUUUAUUGGUCCCAGCGGAGAACAAGUUGACACCGACACUGGCAAAUUCCAAGACACAAAAGGCAAUUGGCUCGUAGUGGGUGUCGACGGCUAUAUAGAUGGCAACAACAAGUGGAAGUUUUACAAGAAACCUGUAGGCAAAAAACAAGGUACCAAGAAUACCAAGAGAAAGUAUUCACCAGCAAGAACUCCGAAGACUGCCACAGACAACAAAGACAAGGCAGCUGAUAAGGACGAGUCCUUACCAACAUUUAGUUGCUUUGGGGAUGCUUCGCCGGUGGACUUAUCCAGGAUGGGGAUUGUCGGGCAUGGUCCGGAUAAAAAAUUGCUGAACAAAAUGCUGAAAAAUUUAAUUGGAAAGGGUGUGAAAGUGAAGAUACCCCAGACGACACGAGUGCCUAAGUCUCCGGCGACGGGUAGGUCCAGGCAGCGACAAAGGGCCGCUCGCGGAUUCUCGGACUCUGAGAGAUCAAUUUGUCGGCACCCUAAGCCAUCGCAUAAGGGGGUCAUCGAAAACCUUGAUGGCUCGCGUUCCUACUUUAGAACGAGCGAAUUUAAAAACCGAAGCCCAAAAGCGCGAAUACAUGACUUAGAGCAACAGGGUAGAAGUCUGAGCACCUUCCAUGAGCCAUGUUUCCAUUCGAACAUUGAUUGUAAGAAGCGCCGCGAGGGACGGCGGGUAGUCGUGAUGAUGCCACACGCUCAUAAUAGAUUCACUUGAAGUGUGCGUUGACUAAAUUUUAGUACCUAUUGUUUAAUUUUUUUGGUAGUGUGAUAAGUGAAAUUUGUAACGUUUUGUAACUG